CAAACAGCAUCGGCGAUCGAUAACAAACCAGACUCGGCGGAGUAUUAUGACUGCAAUAAUAGGCAGCUAGCUGGCUUCUUAUCUUCUACAAGCCAGAAUCACGGGGAGAAAAUCAAAACAACCAAGACCAUGGAGCAAAGAAGUGUACCUGUGAAGCGUUUUCUCAACAAGCCCCAGAUCGUCCGCAGUCUGGGCAGCAACCUUCACACAAAUGUGAAUCCCGGCCACGCCAUGGCUGGACGGUCCCUCCUGACCAAAGUGCAACGCAGCAGGCACAAGCAUCUCUAUGACAUCAACCAUCAGAUCAGGGCCAAGCCCGAUUUAAACACAACACUACCAGUUCGACAGACAGCGUCCAUCUUCAAACAACCAGUAACCAAGGUAACAAAUCAUCCCAACAAUAAGGUGAAGACGGACCCGCAGAAGGCUGUGGACCAACCCAAACAGCUGUUCUGGGAGAGGAAGUUGAGCGGGUUAAAUGCAUUUGAUAUCGCAGAGGAGCUGGUGAAAACCAUGGAUCUUCCCAAAGGCUUACAGGGUGUCGGGCCUGCGUGUUCAGAUAAAACACUGCUCUCUGCCAUCGCCAGUGCCCUGCACACCAGCCCGGCUCCUGUCACUGGGCAGCUCACCGCCGCCGUGGAGAAAAACCCUGGAGUCUGGCUCAACACAACACAGCCUCUCUGCAAAGCCUUCGUAGUGACUGACGAUGACAUCAGGAAGCAGGAGGACCUGGUGCAGAAUGUGAGGAGGCGUCUUGAGGAAGCCCUUUCAGCUGAUAUGUUGGCUCAUAUAGAGGACACCGCUGCUGGUGCAGCAGCCAACAAAGCUGAGGAAAAGGUUGAGCAGGUGGACAAGGAGGAAUUAUAGCCAAGGCUUGUUUGACAUGAAGUUUGCUGGUAAACUCCUUUCAUUUUGAAAAAAAAUUGGCCCAAUGAAUAUUUUUUAUACACUUCUAAUUGAAAUAGACCCUAAAUCCUAAAUGCAGAAAUUCUGCAGGUUUUGUUUUUUUUACACGGGACAAUGUAAUCCUGCAAGGGUGCUUUGAUUUUCAGUUCAUGUUUACCUCUACUUAUGUAUGUGGCAGUUAUGGAUGGUGGUCUAUACGAUGCAGUGUUACAUUUAGUUAACAGCUGUUCAAGCUCAAAGUUGAAAACACAAACCUGGUGUGUGUGUGUGUGUGUGUGUGUGUGUGUGUGUGUGUGUGUGGAGAACCUCUUAAGUGUAUUUUUCUUUUUAACUGUUCUACCUGAACAGGUGGCUCUUUUAUAUUUUCCUCUGGCACUGUAGAUAGUGUGUUUAUGUUUGGAAAUAUAGAAAGGUUGCAGUAUGUUUACAUGCAUACAACCACUCUUGUGGCUGUGAAUGUUAAAAUUUAGCCUGUUUGAUUAAAGAUGUUACAGUUCAAAGUACUGUUAUCUCUCACAGUAACCUGAGUUUACAUGGAUUUUGGAGUGUAAAUGAUGGUAUUUGUAUUGACAAAAGAAUGAUCAGUAUUGUUUUGCCAACCGCAUUUGAGUUUAAACAGUAACAGAAAAAGUGUGUACCCUCCAGAAAAUUAAAAAAAAAACCAACCCAAUGCUGAUGUACCUCAUAACAAGA